GCAGACUGCUGUGACAGACGAUGAUGUUGGCGGUGCUCCCGGUUCUACUCAACGUUGUCUUGUCGCUCGGCGAACCUGUAGUCCAGGGACCGCUAGGGGAGGUCCGUGGAACCGUGCGGAAUGUGCUCGAUGUCCAAGUGGAGUCGUUCCUAGGCAUUCCGUACGCGAAACCACCCACGGGCAAGCUUCGCUUCGCGAGACCUCAAGCAUUCGGUCCUGUUGGUAGCUUCGACGCCACCGGAUAUGGCAGCUCCUGUCCACAACCAAUGUCUUCCCCGCUGCAGAAUUUCUCUGAGAGAACCGAUUCAGAGAACUGUCUCUUCUUGAAUGUUUUUCGAAGGACAGGGACGAACAUCUCCGACAAAAAAGCGGUAGUGGUUCUGAUCCAUGGCGGAGGCUUUGUCUGGGGUUCCAGCGGCAACGUGGAAUACAACAUGGCGCCCCUGGCCGGAAUCGGGGACGUGAUCACCGUCAGUUUCAAUUACCGUCUGGGUUUCCUCGGCUUUGGUUACUUAGAGGACACCGACUUCAAAAACUUGGGCUUGCUCGAUCAACGCUUGGCCCUCGAAUGGGUUAGAGAAAACAUCGGAAUGUUCGGCGGGGACCCCGACAGAGUGACGCUCAUCGGCGUGAGCGCGGGCUCAAUGUCGGUGAACGCGCACAUUGUCACUCCACUCAACACGCAUAAGAAGAAAUUGUUCCGCGCAGCAUUCAUGGACGCCGGAGUCAUUUCUGGCGUAUUGAUCAACGACCCUGGAAUCGCUGAGAACGGUACGAAAUGCGUAGCACGAACAGCUGGAUGUGCCGACGAUGAGAACCUGAUCGACUGCCUUCGCGAAGUUGAACUGGCCGACCUGCUGCAACGCGUAGCGACGUGUGGGACAAAACACGUGCGAUUCGGUCCCGUCGCCGACGGAGUCUUCUUGCCUAAGAAUGCAGAAGAAUACCUGAAAACCAAGGCUGGAGAUUUCCUCAAAGUCAAGACUAUGAUCGGCUACGCGCGGAAUGAGGGUUCAAUGUUCGCCGCUAUGAGACGCGAGAAAUAUCCGGAAACGAUGACCGAUGAGGAAUUCAUAGAUGUCAUCGAGGAAAUGAUUCGAGCUUUUAGCUUCAGAGUCGAGGUCAAAGGUGACGAGAGGAUGAAGAAGGAUCUUUUGGGACAAUACCUCAAGAAAUUCGUCGAUCCGUUCACAGCGGUCGAAAAAUUCAUCGGGGAUGGCCGCUUCGUCUGUCCAUCGAACGCGUUUAUCGAGAACUACGCACGGGUCAAUGAUCAGGUUUAUGUUUAUCGCUUCGAGAGACUUCUUGAAGGAAAUUAUUUUUCGUUUGAUCCUGAAGUUUUCGGAGUUUAUCAUAUUUCUCCGUUCGUGCACUUCACCGGGACAUAUCUUGGAUCUUCUGACGGAAACCACGAGGUUCUGGAUGCGGACAAAGAGUUCAUGCUCGAGGCGAUGAGAGUACUCUCCACUUUCGCCAAAGAAGACGAAAGGCCCGCUUUCCGCGGAGUUGAAUGGCCCCGCUUUUCCGAGAACGAAAAUAUUCUCGUGGUCGACAACAGGCCUUGGAUCAGAUCGGGUCUCCCGCAUAAAGCUCGAUGCCAAGCGGUUUUUCCGUACUUCGAGGGAAUGCUCCACUCAAGCAGAACUGAGUUAUGA